AUGAUUUCAAUAAUUAUCCUGUUUUUUACCGUAUUAAUUUUUGAAAUUCAACCUCAUCAUGCUCUACGAUGCUAUUCAUGUCGUGGAAAAAAACAAUGUGGUGUAUUAUUCUCAAAGAACGAUACUAUUAGAAUUAUUGAAGGAAGCGAUCUCUAUGACUCUUGUUCGAUAAUCGUAGACGCAAAUGGUAUAACCAUUCGGGACAUGGUGCAAUCACAAAAUUGUCGAAGUUCCUCCAAUCAAUUCUGUUGUAAUCAUGACCUUUGCAAUUCGCUUCCAUCACCACCAUUACCGGCAUUCACUGCACUCACUUGCGCUAUGAGUAACUGUAAAUCAAAUCGUAAUCAAUGUAACAAUUCGCAUGAUUAUGUCGUCUAUAGAAGCAGUGCUACUGAAUCAUGUCUAAGUAUAUAUGGUGAUACGGUGCAUAAAUCUUAUAAAAUGGGAUGUUCUCCUAGGCCCACUAUAAUAAAAUUUGCAAAUGAUACGUUAAUAUCUCAAGAAUUAUACUGUUGUAAUUAUCCUGGAUGUAAUCAACGAAUACUCCGUCCAAAUGAAGCUAUUCGUUGUUAUACAUGUGAUUCACGUAUCACUGGUUUGACAGAUUGCAUGAUACUCAAUACAUCUAGUCCAUAUGUUUAUAAAUCUGCAUCGUCCGAUUCAUCUGACUUAUGCGCUAUGAUUGUUGGUCUAGCAGGAACAGAUCUCAAGACUGGACAUCAUUAUUUGUCUUUUACGAUACGUACAUUCAUUCAUAAUUGUGCUAAUCAAUCGUUCGGUAAUGUAACAUACGGCGGUGCUACUUUUCAAGGUCGCAUUCAAUGUUGCUCGACACCUCUUUGCAACAUAGAUCCUUUAUAUACAAAUCUAUCAGUACCAGUAUCAACACAUGCUUACACUAUUUUAAAAAUAGUUGUACCUAUUUCUAUAGCUUGUCUCGGACUCAUUUUUGCUAUCACCGGUAUUACAUUAUCUAUUUAUCGAUUUCGUUGGAAGAAAUCAAAUCAACGCUACAUGUACACUCUUCCUAGUGAUGGUGCAACAGUAACAUUUUUAUCUUCAUACUAA